UGCGCAGGCGACGCGCCGAGGGACGAGGUAGAGUCGGGCACCGCCGCCAGGUCCGCUCUAGGUCCACGCCGCCCGUCGCGCCGCCGGUCCAGCGUCCUUUGCUGCCGCUGCCAUGGGAGUGCAGGUGGAGACCAUCUCCCCCGGAGACGGGCGCACCUUCCCGAAGCGCGGCCAGACCUGCGUGGUGCACUACACGGGGAUGCUUGAAGAUGGAAAGAAAUUUGAUUCCUCGCGGGACAGAAACAAGCCCUUUAAGUUUAUGCUAGGCAAGCAGGAGGUGAUCCGAGGCUGGGAAGAAGGCGUGGCCCAGAUGAGUGUGGGUCAGAGAGCCAAACUGACCAUCUCCCCAGACUAUGCCUAUGGGGCCACUGGGCACCCAGGCAUCAUCCCGCCAAACGCCACUCUGGUCUUCGAUGUGGAGCUUCUAAAACUGGAAUGACAGGAAUGGCCACCUCCCUUAGCUCCUCGUUCCUGGAUCUGCCACGGAGGGAUCUGGCGCCUCCAGACACGCGCACGUGACUCCACACGGAGCUUCCCUGAUGUUCCACUCCACUCUAUAACCAUCUGCCCCGACUGAAUGUGUUCUGUCACUCAGCUUUGCUUCC